AUGACAACAGAACGUAAAUAUAAGGAUCCUAGAGUUAUAUUUGUCCGUCACGGUCAAACAGAGUGGUCAAAGAGUGGUCAACACACAUCUAUUACUGACCUUGAUUUGACCCCGUUUGGAGUUAUGCAAAUGAGAAAGACCGGCGAAUGCUUAAUUGGCUCAUCUCCUACAAAUAUGAUUAGACCAGAAAAUAUCACCAAGGUUUUUUCCAGUCCAAGACAUAGAACAAAACACACUACCCAAUUACUCUUGGAAUCUGUACCACCAGAAAUCAAAGACAAGAUCCCCAUUGAGUAUGAUGAUGAUAUCAGAGAAUGGGACUAUGGUGAUUAUGAGGGUAAAAAAACCGCUGCAAUUAGACAAUCAAGGUUAGAAAGAGGUCUCGAUGAGUGCGAUCGUCCAUGGCUGAUUUGGAGAGAUGGUUGUGAAGGUGGUGAAAAUUACAAACAGGUUACUGAAAGAGUCGAUCGUUUCAUUAACAGAUUGAAACUGAUUCACAUGAAGGCAUUACAAGACGGUGAGCCAAGUGAUAUCAUUGUUGUUGCUCACGGUCACAUCUUGAGAUGUCUUGUUGCCAGAUGGGUACAAAAUGAGAUCAAUCACGAUCCUAAGUUAAUGUUGGACGCUGGUGGGGUAGGGGUGUUGAGUUAUCAACAUCACAACAUCCAUGAACCAGCUAUUUAUCUAUCUGGUGCAUUCACCGUACCAGUGGAAGAGCAAGGCGCAGACAUGUAA